ACGGCUUUAUCUACUAGGCACAAUCUUAAGUAACGGGUUACUUCGAUGAAACAAUCCUUGUUUACUUUUCGAAAUAACGAUAAAUAUAACUAUUAUUAAGUGUGUCAAGUCCUUGUGUUUGCUGUCUUCAAAAAUGUUUAAGUUGAAAGUGAAAAAUAGUGUGACGUAGCUUUUUUAUGUAAUUUUGAAGUUGCAUGGUUUCAUAUUGGGAUUGUAGCAAAAAGUGAACGAAUAAGUUUUGUACAAAUGAUUGAUUGAUGGUGUUAGUUACUUUUUCUUUCAAAAAUAAUGGAAUCAUUAUCGAAAGUGUACCUUGUAAGUGACGUUGGAUAUCGCCUCAAGAGCUGCUUUCUGCACACACAUGCAAUCAGCUCGAUAUAAUGUAAGAAUCUUCGGAAGUCUUUGUAAAUACCGGCUAGAAUAUUUUCACGCAAUGGUGUGGCGUAGUGUCGUCAGCGAGCUGGUCGGAAGAUCAAAAGAUAUUAUUUAUUGCAGUAUCAAAAGAUUCUGAGCAGUUCACCGUCCAAAUGCAGCAGACGACGAACUUUGACAAGUGACGCCUUUUUUAAAUGAGAAUAAAAUAAUAUUAAAAUAGCGCUCUCCUCCCUAUUAACGUAAGCUUUUGAAAAGUGCUUCAGUUGUUCCAAGUUAUAGUCUAAUGUGAUAAAUGUUUUUACCAAGUGAGCCCAGUGUAUAUGAUGUGAUAAGUAAAGAAAAGUAAAAAUUUUCAUGUAUAAGUUAUCUACGUCAAAAGUGUGAGUGUUAUGAUAAAAAGUGAGUGAUAAGUGAUGUAUCGAUGAUCUUACGCAAGUACAAAAGAAUUAAUUUAUAAUUUCAAAUAACGGAAGUAAUUUAAAAAAUAGUUUUAUUGUGAAGUUGUUGUGUUUGUGUAAAGUGCACACAGUAGGUGAAAAAGUGAGGGAAUACGUUGACAGUACAGUAGCAUGAGUUCUUACUUUGCGAAUUCAUAUAUCCCGGACCUGCGCAAUGGCGGGGUGGAACACCCCCAUCAGCACCAGCAGCACUACGGGGCUGCCGUUCAGGUGCCUCAGCAGGGCCAGAGUGUGCAGCAGCCCCAGCAGGCUGCAGAUCCUUGUGAUCCAUCAAUGCUCAGGCAGGGGGUUCCUGCACAUCAUUAUGGUGCAGCAGGUACUCAACAGGGGAUGCCCUAUCCGAGGUUUCCACCUUAUGAUAGAAUGGAUAUUAGAAAUGCCGCUUACUACCAACAGCAACAAGACCAUACGAGUAUGGACGGUAUGGCUGGAUAUAGAUCGUCUUCUCCGGGCACGGGGAUGGCCCACAUGGGUCACACACCCACGCCAAAUGGUCACUCUUCGACGCCCAUUGUCUACGCAAGUUGUAAGCUACAAGCUGCAGCAGUUGACCACCAGGGCACUGUUCUCGAUGGUCCAGAUAGCCCGCCACUUGUGGAUACACAGAUGCAUCAUCAGAUGCAUGCACAGCAUCCUCAUAUGCAGGCCCAACAGUCGCAGCUUACGCAGCAGCAACAAUCACAGCACCAGCAUAUUCAGGCGCAACAACAACAUAUGCUGUAUCAACAGCAGCCGCAGCAACAACCAAAUAAUCAAAACCAACCUGUUGCCAUCCACACUCAGCAACAGGCUCAGACACAGCAACAUCAAGGUGUUGUAACGUCACCAUUAGGACAACAACAACAAAGUGCACCUCAGGGUGCAGCGAGCGCAAACUUACCUAGCCCACUCUACCCUUGGAUGAGGAGUCAAUUCGAGAGGAAACGGGGUCGGCAAACGUAUACACGUUACCAAACACUUGAGCUGGAGAAGGAGUUCCACUUCAAUAGAUACCUGACGAGACGACGACGUAUUGAGAUAGCCCACGCUCUUUGUUUGACAGAACGGCAAAUAAAGAUUUGGUUCCAAAACAGGCGGAUGAAAUGGAAGAAAGAGAAUAAAACGAAGGGUGAGCCUGAAUCAGGCGACGGCGACACCGACAUUUCGCCCCAGACCUCUCCACAGGGUUGAGAACCUGAAAGAAGAGUCAAGGUCUUCCAAAGAGCUUCUCAUCUCUCAGGGUUUCGCGAACCUUGUCUCCAACACUACCUCCGAUAUCCCUUC